UGUACCAAGCCCUCCUCUCCUGACAGCUGACUUUAUUCUUAUUUAAAUGUCUGACUCUGCUGCUCAGUACAGAACCUCUCCCUCUUCUAUGAAUUGCUGGAGAAAAGUUGCACACAGUUUCAGAAGAGGCUCUGACAGGAUUUCUCACAGAAGAGAGGGACUAUGAGUUCCAGCCAAGUUUCCAUUAGAGGUGAAAGAUUAAGGGAACUUUGGGAGCUGAAGGAUUCACACAAGUGCUCCCGGUGAACUUUUGAAGCCUCAGAGCUCAAUGAAGCAUACCUGAAUCAAAGGUCAGCUCUUAUUCCUGGCAGCCAACCAAACAUUGUACAGGAGUUAGAAAACACUGCUAACAGGAAAUUAAGAAGACCAGGAUUGAACUUUGUUAUAACUUUGCCCACCCAGCCUCCCCAGAGAUUGAGGGUCACUGAAAUGCGGUAUAUUAUCCUAAUGGAAGGCCACCCAUCUCCGAAGGUCUACCCAACUUCUGCUUGUUGAGAAGCCUUAGCAGUGGUCUUGGAAAAGGAAAGCACCCCCUCCCUCACCUGAGAUACAGAAUAAUAUGAAGGACUGCUGUGGGUUCCCUGUGGAUAUAUUAAGUGUGUGUGGGAGUUUGGUAGGGAGAAGCAGUUGGGUUCCAGUGGAUGGAGCUUGAUAAGAAGGACCCCUGAUGUCUACACUGCUCCUGGUCUGUGUGCUUCUGUACUCCGGGAUUAGCAACGGCGUGGCAAGAGACUGGAAACCUUGUACAGAUUUGUUACCACUGGAUUUCCUCGCCAAGGUUUUACCUGCUAAUGGAGUGUCGCCCAGUGGGAUACGAAUGGUUCAGGAUCAGGGAGCCCGCGGAUUCCAUCUGUCCACUUCUCAGGGGAGCCCCAGCUUCCCAGCCUCCCACCUCUUCAUCAACUGCGACUACUUCCCAGAAGAGUUCUCCAUCGUCGUCACAAUGAAAGCCUCCAGGAUUGCAUCAAAGAAAAAUGAGUACAUUUUUACCGUAGUAGAGGAAGACUCCAAUAAACUGUUGCUUGGACUGCGAUACUCUCAGGAUAAGCUGCACUUUCUGUUUUGGAACUAUGGUAACAGGGAUCACAUCACCUUCCGAUCUGUGAAGCUGGCAGAUAAUCGAUGGCACACACUCAUCUUAGCAGUGUCCGGGGUAUAUGCAUCCCUGACUGUGGACUGUGGCAUUCCUGUUGACCUAAUCCUUCGUAGACCAUUCCCUGCACAUUUGAACACAAAGGGAUCCAGGUUCCACAUUGGGAACCGGAGAAGAUUGAAGGGACUGUUUUCAGGGUUAUUACGACAGCUGGUUCUGUUACCUGGAUCUGAUGCUACCUCAAGAAUAUGCUCCACCUCAAACCCCAGGCUAGCUGUCCUCUCCAUACCCCAGGUUCUCCUGGACCUCCCAGUGAAACCAUCUGAAAAUGAAGUCUUGAAGUAUCCUUAUGAAGCUGAAAUACGAGUGACUCUCGGGUCCCGCCCUACCUGUACAAAGAAACAAACUGGCCAGCUGUGGUUCGACACAUUGAGGAGAGGGCUCUAUAUAUGCGACAGCCAGGGCUGGGUUGCCAUGCUGCAAGCAAAGCAGAGACUGGACUAUGUGGAGGAUUACCAGGACUUUUAUACAAAUUCAGAAACUCUCGAUAUUGAGAUUUUUGAAAUUCCAUCUGUAGGGCUGUUUGCGGCUACAGCCAAUAAGAGGCCUGUCCCAGGCUCAGGGAUCUAUAAAUGGACCAAUGGGAAGUUUGAACCUUACCAGAACAUAACAACCUACCAAGCACAAGCCUGGAAAUAUUUUACCAUCGAUGACAAGAUUUUCCUAGCGGUUGCUAACUUUGAAAAGAAUGAAAGAAACCAGGAGUACUCUGUUAUUUACAAAUGGAGCCGGAGAAGAUUGAAGUUCUCUUCAUACCAGACCAUCGAGACCCACAGUGCCAGAGACUGGGAAUCUUUCCAGAUAGAGGGGGAGACCUUCCUUGCAGUCGCCAAUCACAGGCAAGGGGGCAAGCAUAACAUUGACAGUGUUGUUUACAAAUGGAACCCUGGGACACAGCUCUUCGAAGCCAACCAGACCAUCCCUACCUCUGGAGCGUAUGACUGGGAGUUUUUCAGUGUUGGGUCCUACUCAUUUCUGGUUGUUGCAAACACCUUCAAUGGCUCCUCCACUCAGGUUUACUCCAGGAUUUAUAUCUGGCUUGGUGGAGUGUUCCGACUUUUCCAGUCAAUUAUGACAUUCGGUGCUACAGACUGGGAGGUGUUCCAGUUUGGAGGCAGAGUCUUCCUUGCCGUGGCUAACAGUCAGAAAUACGACAAAACUGGACAGAGUUCCUACGCCAUUAACUCAACCAUCUAUGAGCUCAACAUCACGGCACAGAUAUUCGUCAGAUUUCAGGACAUCUCAACAUACAGCGCGGUUGAUUGGGAGUUCUUCACCUUAGGAGAAGACAAGUUCCUGGUUGUAGCAAACUCCUAUGAUGGCAAAUCCUACUCUUUGAAUAGUGUUAUAUACAGGUGGCAAGGAUAUGAGGGAUUUGUCCCAGUACACAGGCUUCCAACAUUCGGCUGCACAGACUGGGAAAAGUUCAAUACUGCAGACAGUUCCUACCUCAUGUAUUCCAGUGCCAGAGAGGACAUUUCAAAGGUUCUUAAACUUAAAACUUACUAAUGGGUGUAAAAGUUCCAUUCCUGUUUAAGGCCGAGUUUACCCGAAAUUGCAAAUAUGGAGUCAGAUUAGAGAUUGUAGUGCAUGUCACCAGUUCCUGUUGGAUCUUCUGUUGCCCAGCAACUUGGAGAUGGAGUUCCUGCAAUCCAGUAACCAAGGGCAACAGGGUCAUAAUACAAUUGUGAACCUGAGCCAUGAACAUUUUCAUAAACAGCCAAAGUAAAAGAUGACUUAAUGAACAAGCAGUACUUUGAACUGAAGAUUUUUCCUUUUUUUUAAAUAUAUUUUUUUAUUCAAAUUCCACAUAUUUUCAUUUGCUACCAAAACGUUGGAGGACCUCUAAAUGCACACAACAGCAAUUGAUGAAAACUCAGGGAUGACAACACAGCAACAAAUUGAAGGUUAUUUUUUCACGAUACAUGCAUUAGGUUUUCUAAUGGAAAGAUCAGCUGUUCAUAUAGCCAUGAUUUUAUUAGGAGUUUAAUUGUUAUUUCUUGUUUCACUGACAUUGGAAAUCUGCGAAAUGAAUAUGUAUACAAUUCUAUUGAUUGAUUUGCGAUAACCAGAAUUGCUUUUAAUUUAUUAGAAGGUUUUUAAAUAUGAUAAAUAGUCAUACAUAUCUCUAUCUAUCUCUGUAUAUUUAUAUGUACUUGUCACAAAGACGGCCAGAGUGGGUUGCGUCAGACCAGAAAGGAAUUCAAACACACAGACAGAGACGGUGGUGAUGAUGAGCUGAGUGCAAUGGCUGCACUCAGCGUUUAUUAACAAAUAAAAGGGUUGUAAACAGCACAAAACAGGACACGGCACUUGCGCCAAAAUAAACAGACAUACAAAACGGGCUAACACUAAACAAACGGUGCACGGAGACAAACAAACACGGUGAGAACAAACACUUAUCUUUACGAUCUUUCACUACUACUUAUUCCUCUCUCUCUCACCCGUUCUCCUCUUCCGAACACCCAACCACGAGUGACUAAAAAUGUGCCUAUUUAUACUGUUGUGCUGGGAUUCAAUUACCAAUUAAUUAUUCACUUGAAUCCCAGCACGUGAAUUCAUUACGUGCAACCCCGUGCCACACAUUACAUUUAACCAGCACGUGAAGUGAUUUGUGCUCUCCUCGUGCCUAAAUACAAAUCUAGACUUUCUAAAUACACGUGAAACACAGACCCGUUUAUAUCCCGUGUACCAAUCUAUACACCAACAUUAACACACGCACGCAACAUACAACACAGAACACACAAAUGCACACAGGGGCGGGGCACUUUGCCACAGUACUGUAUGAGUAUAAACCUAUGGUCCGUAAACCAUUGUGGUAAAUUAGUUUUUUGGACUUCAAUAAUAUAGUAAAUGUUGGCAGCUAGUCAACUCAGAAAACAAAAAUCACACAGAGACAAUCAUACCUGUGAUGUCUAAGCAACAAGCCAUAAACACUCUGCCUUAACUCAUUGUUGAACACAGUACUAUUUAUAACUAAUUUAUAAGUAGCUGAUCAGACCAUAAGCUACCCAAGGUUGUAUAGUACUGUACAGGUAGUGGACAAAAAAAUGCUGGACAGGCCUGGUUGCCUAUAAUUAUGGCUAGCAUGGCUGCAAGAGGAGACCUCAGUGACUUUGAAAGAGGGGUGAUUGUUGGGGCGCGUUUGGCAGGAGCUUCAGUGACCAAGACAGCUCAACUUGCUGAUGUUUCAUGAGCAACGGUGUCUAAGGUGAUGUCGGCAUGGAACUCCGAGGGAAAGACAUCAUCAGCAAAGGGCAACAGUGGGCGGGAGCACAUACUCCAGGAUCGUGAUAUCCGUGCAUUAAUUCGAAGUGCAAGGCAUAGUCACUGAACCUGGAGACCAGGGGUCGGUACUUAGAGCUCGAUUUACAAAGAUCCCUGGUGGUUGCACAGUAGAUUAUUUGCAAUCAGAAGUAAACAAGUAUCAGAAAGUUCUAUUCAUGAAACAAAGUUGCCCUGCAACCAAUAUUCCAUUAAUACCACAAACUGUCCUUGCAAUAAACCCCAAAUUCCUAUAUUAGACCAGAUCCGUUACAUGUAGCAUAACUGUUUGUACAUAUAUAUUUUUUUGUUUAUUUCACUUUGGUGCUGCUAGUAUAUUUCUGGUACUAACAAAAACAUAUUUAUAUUAAUGUUUAAAAUACAGUAUGCUUUCAAACUGCUUUAUAUACUUGAAUUGUUUUAUUGGUGCUAUUGUGCUAUUUUAAGUUUUGUCUAUACAUUUGUCAAGUAUUUAAAAAAUAAAAAAUUAGAGGUUUAAAAAAGAACAUAAAUUAGGAUAGUAUGCAAUUAGCCCAUAGAUUAUAAGAGCACAAAGUUAUUUUUUAGUACAUCUUUGGUCAAUUAAAUUGCAACACAGCAUCAGACUGACAAUUUUAUUUCCAUAUUGCUGUAUUUCGAUCUAAAAACACACGCAUAUUUGUUCCAGUAGAACCCCAAAGUUAAUAAUACAUUGGGAAUUGAGGUUGUUCAUACAUUUUAAAUGUCUGUAACUCUGAAACAUGAUUGAAUGCAUGUGUACUGUAUCCAUAAAAGGUCUACACAUUUAACAUGAGGAAUAUUAAUAAUCAUCUUCAUGAUAUUUAACAUUGACAGGAGCCCUGUUUCUGGCUUUGUUUAAGUUGUGUCUUUGGUUAACCUGUCAGUACGUAAGUGUGGGGUUCCUAACUCCUGUAUAUACAGUAUCUUACAAUUAGGGUGUGAAAUCUGGCCAACUGUUAAUGAAAGGGUAUAAUGAAACAGCAAGUAUCUGAAACAUUAUCAUUGAGGCUUUGCUUUACUUUGGGUGUGACUAAUGUAGAUUAAGAAUGCCUACUUUGAUUCUGAAUUGCUUGUUCUGCACUGGUGGGCAAACGCUGUUCCUUAUUAAAAUAUUAAACUAUUGUUAAUUGUUGAUUCUGAAAACAUACUUUAAGUUUUUCUAUUUGUGAAGUUUACUAAGACAGUUGGAACAAUCCUUUCUGCCAGAGUUUGCUGUCACACAAACAUAAAUCAUUUCUCUGAAAUACAAUAUACCAACAUGCAUACUGUUUAGUGCGAGUAUUGUUAUUCAUAUCGUACCCAGUACUGAUGUGGAAGACUAAUCUUCAUUAUAGUUUGCUGGACUUGAAUAAACAGUACUGUAAGUUCUCAGUUUGUGAAUACCAGCAAUCUGUCAUUGUGCACCUGUUCAACACACAAGGGUUAAACAAAGUCUGUAGGCCACUUUGCAAUGCUACUAUAGAAAAACACCACAGAGCAAUACAACUAUAUGUGUGGCUCUACACAACCUGGUGACUUCUUAAAACUCAAUGGUUUAAAGCAACCCUGUGGCCUUAAUAGAGCUCUUAGACCCGUUUUUACAUUUCAUUUCCAGAGUGUAACCAGUAACCUGCCCCCCAGCAACACGCUAAUUCAAUGGAUAUCAGAAAUACCAUCUUUGGUCCAUGUGAGAUUUCUUGUAUUUCUUACAUCCACUAGGGGAGUGUUGCAGGGGGAAGGUAAUGGUUACACUCUGGUGUCCAAGAUGGAGGUUAGACAUGAUUCUGAGAGAGUCCACAAGGGUGCUUUUAAUUUUACAUUUUAAAAAGCAGUUAUUUGUGAAGACUAACAUAAUUUACGUUAUUUAAGAUAACUCUGAUAUUUCAUGUCCAAAUUAAGUUGCUCUUUGCUUAUUAUGGGCACCAUUCAUCAUGGAGAACAGCUUCAUCGGCCCACUUUUUAACAGGAAUACGCAGCAUAUAUCGACUGCUGACAUCUCUCAAAGAGGUUUUUGUAUUAGUAUUUUUUUUUCAUAGUAGAAUUAGUGGCCUGCUGACAUUAUAACUGUGUUUCUGCCUGUAGAAUUUAAUUAAAGAGGUAGCAACGAUCUGAAGGAACUGUAAUAUUUGACAUAAAAUUUUAAAAACCUGUAUAUGAGCAUGUGCAGGUGUUUUUUUUUUUUUUUUAACUCGGGAGAUACAAUCUGAUUAUUGUCAUAUUUCUAUAGGGUGCUAGUUUGACCAUUAAAAAAAAAAAUGAACCAGUUUGUGUUUGCAAUAACAAUAUUUUUCUACAAAUGGACUGGUGCAUAAAUCUUAUUAAAUCUUAUUGUAGUAUUCUUUAUGAAUGAAGACCAUUUCCAUAUCAGAAUUGUCACAGAAGAGUAACCAUUUGUUUUUCUAAAACAGUUUUAGAAAGAAGAACAUAUCCCAAGCCACAGCUGUAAAUACAAAAUUGGAACCAUCAUUAUCAUGGAAAUGUAGAUCACAAUGUACCAACCACAGUAUGUUCACAACAACAUAGUUCCAGGUAAACCAGACAAGUAAUUCCCAAGAUCCCUUAUAAAAGUUUCCCAUAGUAAAAGCAAUGCAAAAUGUAAUAAAGCACAAUUAAAUCAUAGGUAAGCAUUGUAAAGCUGUGACGGGGUACCCCUGCCCCUGGGUGUAUUUUUGGUUUAUUUUGUAUAGUUUGGGUUAUGUAUCAUGGGGGAGUUAAUGUAUAUUGGUAUGUGAGCACGGGGAUGUAAGUUUGUGUGUGUGUGUGGAAUAGUGGUGACAGGGAGGCAGUUAAAAUCCUUCCUGUAAAAAAAACGUGGGAAUGUGGCUGGAGCCGUGAUUUGAAUAAAUGAUAAAAUGAUUAAUUAAGGCUCCAGCCACAGGUGUAUGAAUAGGGUGAUCACGGGUGAGAAAGGAGUUAGUGUGUUAGAAGUAAUGUUGGUGUUAGGUAUGUGGUAGUGUUUUUCGUGUUCGGUGCUGUGCCGUUAUUUAUGUCUGUGAGUGUUUUGUAUAGUCCUUUUGUUUUGGCCCUUGUGCCUGUCAUUUUGUUAAAUGUGCUUUG